AUGCACCCUAACUCAAAGAUAGAAAAGGGUGAAAUUGAGAAAGAUGUUGAUGAGACUAAUUAUAGAGGAAUGAUCGAAUCUCUUAUGUACCUAACUUCCUCUACACCUGAUAUUGUGCAAAGUGUUGGAAUGUAUUUAAGAUUCCAAUCAAAACCGAAAGAAUCACAUCUUUCUGCAGAUAAAAGGAUUAUUAGAUAUGUUCAUAGCACAUCCAAUUUUGGUUUAUGGUAUCCUAAAACUAAUAAGUUUUCUGCAGUUGGUUAUUGUGAUGCAGACUUUGCCGGAGAUAAAGCAGAUAGAAGAAGUUGGUAUGAGACAAUUCUGGCAAAUGAAGAACCAUCAUCCUGA